CAGGCCGGUCGUGUCAUUUGGAGAUGAAAGUUCCGUGCGCGCUCAUGGCUGUCUGAGCGAGCUGAGGAGCUGUGACACCGGCAGAGGCGUGAAGAGCGACGACUCUGGACUUACCAUUAGCGGCUGAUCUCUCCAUUUGUAGUCCUUCUGUUCUUUGACUCAGAGCUAAACACAAACAGAUUAAAGAUGAUGACCAAACCAUUUGGAAAAAGCGCCGACGUGAGUGAGCUGGUGAGCUCCCUGGGCUGGCUGGAGGAGGAGGAGGACGGCAGCUCGCAGGACGGCGAGCAGAGCCCGGAGAUGCGGGGCCGCCACGGCUCGACCCUGGGGGGCCGGCUCCACGCCUGCACAGAACUGGGCAGCGAGGACAUGGAGGAGGAGGAGGACGAGGAGGAGGAGGAGAUGGGAGCGAGCGGCGAACACGCGCCCAAGAGGCGAGGUCCUAAGAAGAAGAAGAUGACCAAAGCCAGACAGGAGCGCUUCCGCGCGCGCAGGGUCAAGGCCAACGCCAGGGAGCGCUCCCGCAUGCACGGCCUGAACGACGCCUUGGAUAACCUCCGCCGGGUCAUGCCCUGCUACUCCAAGACCCAGAAGCUGUCCAAGAUCGAGACUCUGCGGCUGGCCCGCAACUACAUCUGGGCGCUGUCCGAGGUGCUCGAGAGCGGCCAGUCCCCAGAGAGCCACGGCUUCGUGGAGAUGCUGUGCAAGGGUCUGUCCCAGCCCACCAGCAACCUGGUGGCCGGCUGCCUGCAGCUGGGGCCCGGUCCGGUGAUGCUCAGCAAGCUGGAGGACAAGUGUGGCCCGGGGCUGGCCGGCGCGGGGGGCCCGGCCGGCCAGCCCCUCAGCUACCCGUCCCCGGGCCUGCCCAGCCCCCCCUACGGCUCCCUGGAGGCGUCCCACCUCCUGCAGAUGAAGGGCUUCAAGGGGCCCGCGUACGACCACCCCUCCCCUAACGAGUGCAGCAGCGGCACCCCGCCGUACGACGGGCCCCUCACCCCCCCCCUCAGCAUCAGCGGCAACUUCGCCCUGAAGCAGGAGGCCUCGCCGCACGAGUCGGAGAGGAACUUCACGCCCCACUCCGGCCACCACGCCCACUACCUCUCGUCCCACCACUACCCCACUCCCACGGCGGGCGGCCUGGCGGGGGGGCCUCCGGGACACCCGCUCUUUCAGGCUUCCCGCUACGAGCUGCCCCUGGACGUGGCCUUUGACUCCUUCACCCCCUCUCACCUGGUCGCCUCCCAGAUGGGCACCAUAUGAACCCAGAUGAACACCUGCAGUGACUCAGACUGCUGUAAAACACCGGCAGAGGUAAAGACUUUAUAGAGAUCAGUUUGCAUUUAUGUUGGUUAGUUGUCUGAGGAAGCACUGAGAGACUCAACACCUCGACUGAAUCUACCUGAUACAUGCACCCAUAACUUUCAAUACUUUAUUUAUUUUAUUUUAUUAUGAUUAUGUCUUGGUAUUUGCAUUAUAUCAUUUUUCUAAACAUGGCAUCCCGUCGGCCAAAUAUGAAACAGCUUUGUUGUCUUUAAACAGAGGGUUUGAACAUAAAGGUUUUGUGUCUCCAUGUGAAAAGAAACUGAUGAAAAACCCGUCCGUACUAAAUUGUGUACUGAAACAACAGCAACGCCUCUGGUCAUAAGGAAAGCAACACUUUUAUUUAUAUCUGUAUUUAAUAUUUAUUUUGAUAAUGUCUUCUCCUUUUUAUAUUCUUCUUGGCACGUUUUUUGUUCCAUUUUCUUCUGGGUUUGUUGUCAGACACUGGCAGCUCUACUGUAUUUAAAUUAUUUAUUUGAGGUCUUUCAGGUACGUGUUCAUGUGGUGUCACACGUUUUUGUCACACUGUACUUCUUGUAAAUAUUUUGCUGUUUCGCACUUAAUUGAAUAAAUAUUCUUAUAUUAUA